AUGGCUUCCCAAACUCCCGCCGUUGUCAUGGACAACGGUACUGGUUUUUCGAAGCUUGGUUUCGCCGGCAACGACUCUCCCUCCUUCGUUUUCCCAACCGCAAUAGCAACUAAAGGCCCGGCAGCUGGUGGUAGUGGAGGUUCGGGAUCUGGCCGCCCUUCAGUGGCCAACAAGCCGUCAUAUCUCACUGGCGGAGCUGGCCCCGGUGGACAUCUGUCAAUGAAGCGAGGAACGGAGGACUUGGACUUCUUCAUUGGCGAUGAAGCGUUGGCUGCAGCAAAUGGACCAGGCUCAGGUUAUGGCAUACAUUACCCCAUCCGACACGGUCAGGUUGAGAACUGGAUGCAGGAUCAUAUGGAGAGAUUCUGGUCGAACUCUAUAUUUAAAUACCUUCGCGUUGAGCCAGAAGACCAUCACUUUCUCCUGACAGAACCCCCGCUCAACCCUCCCGAAAACCGUGAAAACACUGCCGAAAUCAUGUUUGAGUCCUUCAACUGUGCCGGACUAUACAUUGCUGUGCAGGCUGUCCUAGCUCUUGCCGCGUCCUGGACUUCAUCGAAAGUCUCAGACCGUUCUUUAACGGGUACCGUGAUCGACUCCGGUGAUGGUGUGACGCACGUAAUCCCAGUAGCAGAGGGUUACGUUAUUGGCUCAUCCAUCAAGUCCAUUCCAAUCGCUGGUCGAGACAUUACCUACUUCGUCCAAUCCCUUCUCCGAGAUCGCGGCGAGCCCGACUCCUCACUCAAAACAGCUGGAGAAAUCAAAGAGGAAUACUGUUAUGUAUGCCCCGAUAUUGUCAAAGAGUUUUCCCGAUUCGAUCGCGACCCUACUCGCUUUGUGAAGCAUCUGGUAAACCAGCCCGGUGGCCGCAAAGUCACCGUCGAUGUCGGUUACGAGCGCUUUCUCGCACCAGAAAUAUUUUUCAACCCCGAGAUCUAUUCUUCGGACUUCUUGACUCCUCUCCCCACAGUUGUCGACGGCGUGAUCCAAUCCUCACCCAUUGAUGUUCGCCGAGGUCUAUACAAGAACAUCGUGCUCUCUGGAGGAAGCACAUUGUACAAAGAUUUUGGACGCCGUUUACAACGAGACAUCAAGCACCUUGUUGAUGAUAGAAUUAGAGCCAGCGAGGCGAAGAGUGGGGGUGCCAGAAGUGGUGGGUUGGAGGUGCAAGUAAUUUCCCACAAGAGACAACGACAUGGACCAUGGUUUGGAGGUAGUCUUUUGGGUCAAACACCCGAGUUCCGCAGUUAUUGUCACACAAAGGCCGAAUACGAUGAAAUAGGCCCCAGUAUCGUCCGAAGAUUCGCUUUGUUAGGAGGGCCCGGUGGAUCGUAA